CCUCAUUUUCUUCAUUUACCAGCAGCGUUGCGACAGAGACGGAGAAUUCGAACGACAUGAAUGUAGAAAAUAAUCAUACGGCAGAAACAGAGAGGGAGCAAACGAAGAACGGCACCGAGACGAUUACGAUUCAGAGCACACUGGGAGAUGAAGACGAAGAUGUGCAUAAGUGCGGACGCUGUCAGACAGAGUUUUCCACGCUGGAGGCUUUUAUCCAGCACAAGCUGCAACACAGCUGCAAACGUGUGGAGGCACAGGAGGCGAGCAGCCAGGAUGCCAUUCAAGAGGUUACUGCAGCCAAUGGAAGCUCUUCUUCAGAGGUGAAAACAGCUGAACGUACAUUCUCAGAUGAACCAGUCAAGAGCUCUGAUGAUAAAAGCAGUAGUCCAUUGGGUCGAGGUCGCAGGAAGAAAAUUGUUUCACUUAAAGUCAAUAAUCAGUCAGAUGGAGCCGAAGGAUUCAUAUCUGAUGAUGCUGUCAAUGACAAACAUUUGUACAAAAUCAACCAAGAUGGACGCUACAUCUGCCAACUUUGUGAAAAGACCUUUAAAACAACCAACAUCUUGAGAACUCACAUGAAAACUCAUAGUGACCAGAAGAACUUCUCAUGUGACCUUUGUGGAACCUCUUUUCGCACAAAAGGCUCUCUGAUUCGUCACAAUCGUCGUCACACUGAUGAACGGCCGUAUCGCUGUAACCUAUGUGGCCAGUCCUUUAGAGAGUCAGGUGCACUCACCAGACAUCUUAAGGCACUCACACCCUGCACAGAAAAGAUCCGCUUUGUUCAGUACAAGGAGAUCUUGGUCAGCAAAGAUGGAGUACAAAAAGGAGUUGAAGAUGAUCAUGCUGCAGCAGCUGGCCAGCAAGAGGUGGUGGUUGUGGAGCAACAGCCAGAGGAGCAGGAGAUGGUAGAGGAUCAGACUGCUGUCGUCAGUGUGGUACAAGCUGGUUCCCAAGAGGUCCUCCACCAGGUUCACUUUACAAUGGAGGUGGAUGGAACAACGCAGGAGCAACAGGUUGUGGUAGAGCAGUCCCAAGCGGAGGCCCUGGCUGCUGCUGCAGCAGCAGGCGAUAGCCUCAUCUGCCAGGCUAUCAUCAACUCUGGCAUUGCACUGGAAACGGAAGAAGCUGUGGUUGAAGAGACCUCACAGGCAACCGAGGAGAUAAAUAAAGUGCAUUCUGACUGUCCUCAGGCCGAUGAGGGUAGCACCGAGAUCCAGGUUAAAGACGGGUGUGUGGAGGUAGAGUUGGAGGCAGAGGAAGCAGGUGAUGGAGAUUACAAAACAUCUUCAAAAUUGCACACGUGCCCUCACUGUAAUCGCUCCUUCAAGGGACUGAAUUACUUCCGCUUUCAUGUAAAGGGCCAUUUGGGUUACAAGCCCUUUAAGUGCACACUGUGCCACAAAGAGUUUCUGACUGGUUACCUGCUGAAGAAACACAUGGAAAUCCAUGUCAGUGAGAGGAGGUACAAGUGUGGUGAGUGUGGCAAGCUGUAUAAAACCAUUGGGCAUGUACGUGAGCACAUGAGAGCCCACUCGGAUGAAAGACCCUACCACUGUAGCAGAUGCAACAAGGGGUACAAGACCAAGAAUGCCUUGCAGGUGCAUCAGAGGACCCAUGGUGAUGAGAAACCUUACGUGUGUCAAUACUGCACAAGAGGCUUCAGGGAGAAAGGUUCUCUGGUGCGACAUAUCCGCCAUCACACCGGAGAGAAGCCUUUCAAGUGUCCAAAGUGCAAUCGAGGCUUUGCUGAACAUGGGACUCUCAAUCGGCAUAUGCGUGCUAAAGGUGGCUGCCAUAAGGAAGAUUCCAGUGAGCAGCAGGUCGCGGUCACAGAGGAACAGGCAUCGGCCGACAGCCUUGCUACAGCAGCAAUCAUCUCAGAGGAUCCUCACGCUGUCCUGGUGGAGUUCUCCUCCGUGGUGGCGGACACACAGGAAUACAUCAUCAAGAUGCAAACGGAGGAGGAUGUGCAGGAACAAGAGGUUACACUCAUUCAAGACAGCCAAAAUGAGAUGGGAAAUCAGAUCAUGAAAGUGGUGCAGCGAAUCGUCAGUCAGUCACAUGGCGUCGGUGGCGCAGGCAGCCGCCAGAUCAUUGUGCGCAAUGUGGCAGUGAACGAGGAGGGCGCGUCCAUCUCUGACUGCGGGGACACCAUCACUAUUGCUACACCCGAGAGCCUGACUGAGCAGGUGGCCAUGACGCUGGCCUCCGCCAUCAGCGACGGCACACUACUGACAACGACCAGCUCCAUGGAGACGACAGACGGCACAGUUACUAUGGUUACCACAGAGGAGGCAGUGCAGGAGGAAAUACAGAUGGUGCAGCAGCAAGAGGAGUAUGUCACCACCUCUCAAGAGGAGGUGGAGAUUCAGACUGUCAUUGUAUGAUGGAGGAGGUUACUAAGAAUUACAGACAGUGAUGGAUUUGGCUCAACUGUACCUGUGCAGCAGAUUACUGUAGAGUUUGUAUGAGCGUCAUGACAUUUGAUAACAAAACAAAGGCCAAAGUGUUUAUAGAGAAACCAAGAAGUGUGUGUGAGGACUAGCUACUAGUUACUAAACUGAAGCACUGCUAGCUAAUUUCUUAACUUUUACCUUUUAAUUAGAUUCAUUUUGUCAGGUUUUCGUUUUGGAGGGCCUGAACAGAUACAUACAUGUAUUUCUGUUCCGAUGGCACAGACACAGUAUGCCUUUUUAUCUGUUGUAGCCUGGUUUCUUCUUCUGUGCCACAGUCAAAAAGUGAAAUUCCUUGUUUUGUUUCACUACCUAAAUUGGCAUCACUUGAUCAUGGUUUUCACUUAUGUUCUUUGAUGUCAGAUAAAUUUUGAAACUUUUCAUCUCCAACUUGAAUUGUGAUGCCCUUUAAAGGCUGACCGUGUGUGUUUGUGUGUCUCAAUUUUCAAGGCCAUUCAGGGAGACUAUAAACCUCCCUUGGUACAGUGUUGCUCUCCUGAGCUGGUCUGUCAUAAUGCAUCUUAAAUCCUCAUGGAUAUGCCAGACAUUAAAAAUGUGUUCAGUUUACUCAAGCAGAAUUUGCAUCAAAUAAAUGCUAUUUUC